AUGUAAUCUAAACUAAAUAAUCCAGAUGAUACCUACAACUCAGAACCAACUGCAGCAAACAAAAUAUAAAUUAGAUUAGAUAAAUUUAAUAUUCCAAUCCUUAAGAAAACAAAAGUACACAGAGUUGUAUUUAGAGAUGAGUGUCAAAAAGGAAAGAAAAUAGCAGAUAUACAUGUUGUUGAAAAUUGGAAAAGAUAUAAUUAGUUAACUGAAGAAUCAUCUAAAACCUGCUGUUCUAUAUUCUGA